UACUUAUUAUAUAUAUGUUGUUUUUUUAUUCAUUUGUGUUGAUUUUGGUUAAAUAUGAUGAUAAAGGGACAUGGGUUGCCAUUAAAGCAAUUAGAUUUAGUUUUCCUUUGGUCUUUGGUCUAAGACAAAUGCAAAGUUUGAAUUUUUAACAGACAGUCAAACGUGUUAAUCAGUAACCAACAGAUGGUGGUCAGUAGGGGGCGUGAGGGAGCAGAGCGCUUGUUUGUGACGUGGACACUGCACUGACCAGCCAGAGAAGAAGAAAUAAAUUAAAAAACAAAAAGCCAAAAGCAGCCUCAGAGAUUUUUGGAACAGUCGCAUCUUCUCUUUUCUUUGGGAUUAUUUAAACUCCCAGAAACAUGUGAGUGAAGGCAGGCCUCUGUUCAUCCGUGUCGGGAGGCUGAUGAGCAGGAGCAGCUGCUAUGAAGAGACGGUGUUAAAAGUUAUUCCAGAACCGGGUGAGCGAACUCGGCGGCUAAGCUAACGCUAAGGUGUUGGUUGCUCUACGGUUGUCUCUCCCUCCAGAGGAAUAUCAGCCGGAGUUUGCUCCAUCUUUCCUCCGGUCCGAGCGCUGGAGAUGGGAAGUCUGGGCAGCAGGUUCCAGUCCCCCUCCCCGGGGUCAGACGAGGCGUCGGAGGGAACGAGCACAGGCCGAAAACACAGCUACGACUGCAAGAAGAGGAAAAGGAACGCUCCGUGUGACUGUGAGAGCGAGCAUGAGGAGGACGAGGGGUUACUGGAUACGCCUCGGAGGAAGAAGCUGAAAAGCACAUCAAAAUAUAUUUAUCAGACUUUGUUCCUGAACGGUGAAAACAGCGACAUUCGUAUCUGUGCUCUGGGUCAGGAGUGGAACCUUCACAAGGUUUACCUCUGCCAGUCCGGAUAUUUCUCCAGUAUGUUCAGCGGCUCCUGGAAGGAGUCCAACAUGAUGGAAAUCAACCUGGAGAUCCCCGACCAGAACAUCGACACUGAAGCUCUGCAGGUCGUAUUUGGAUCUCUGUACCGCGACGAUGUUCUGAUCAAGCCCAGCAGAGUCGUCAGUAUUCUUGCUGCUGCCUGUAUGCUGCAGCUGGACGGUCUGAUCCAGCAGUGUGGAGAAACCAUGAAGGAGAACAUCAGCUCCAAGACCGUGUGUGGUUUUUAUGCCUGCGCUAUGAUGUACGGACUGGAUUCAGUCAUGAAAAAGUGUCUGGAGUGGCUGUUGAACAACCUGAUGACUCACCAGAAUGUGGAACUGAUGAAGGAACUGGGGUCAGAGGUGAUGGAGCAGCUCAUUCAGUCCUCAGACCUGUUCGUCAUGCAGGUGGAGAUGGAUGUUUACACUGCACUGAAGAAGUGGAUGUUCCUGCAGCUCAACCCGUCGUGGGACGGUCCAAUCAAACAGCUCCUCGCCGACGCUGACGCCUGGCUCUGCAAACGAAGGACAGAUCUGUGUGAGAAGGAGCCGUUUCUGAACACAGAGGACGGAGCGUCCUUCAGUUCCGUCUUCAAACACGUUCGUCUCCAGUACAUCAUCAAUGAUCUGGCGUCUGCACGAAACCUGGAGCGGGACAAUAUUCUACCUCCUGAUUGGCUCACGUCGGUGUACAAGAACCAGUGGUUUGCGAUGCUGCGCACAGAGUUUGACAACGACAUCGGUCCUCAGGAAGCAAACAAAGAAGAGUUUGAGCUGAGCAGCAUGAGAUGUGGGAGGAAACUGUCCAAAGAUGGAGACUACUGGUGGCGGUGGACGGGCUUCAACUUUGGUUUCGAUCUGUUGGUCAACUACACAAAUCGAUUCAUAGUCUUUAAAAGGAAUACUCUAAGUCAGCCAUGCGGGGGCGCUGUGAGCCUGCAACCCCGCAGGCAUUUGGCCUACAGGUUACGUCUGGCCUCCUUUGAUUCCCGUGGAAAGCCGAUAUGCAGCCGUUCGACAGGUUACCAGCUCCUGACCCUGGAGAAGGACCAGGAGUACGUGGUGAUGAACCUGGACAGCCGCCUCUUAUCAUUCCCUCUCUACAUCUGCUGUAACUUCAUGUACACGUCGCCCCCGUCCGACAGCCGUCCAGAUUCCUCGGAGCAGGACAUCACUCUUCGUUCUGUGUCCUGAUCCCUGACCCUCGCCCCCCAGUGGCCACCAUUCCAACAUCGAGGCCCAGACUUGACGGACACUUGUACAGUGCGUAACCCUCGUGUUUAAUAUCACUUCCUCAUCGUAGACACAGUCAGAGAGAGCGGGCAGCUGAGACUUCACCUCAGAAAGACGUUUUUUUUCCUGCACUUUUUCAACUGAAAAAAAGGGGUUUUAAACUCCUCAAGUGAGAAUUUUUAAGUUUUGUUUUGUUUGUUUUUUUUUUUUUUUGCACUUCUUUGGGGACACCACUAGGAGGCUCUAUAAUAUUAAAAGGUGGGAACAACACCAAAAGGUGAAGCUGACACUUAGAAAGUUAACUGGAAAUGUACAUUUUCUUUCACUCUUUCACCUGGUUUACUGACUGACAUCGAACAGAAGGCUGUAAAAAUGAAUCGCUUCUUCACCUCCUACAGUUCCAUAGGUACCAGUUCCAUUUUCCCCCAAAAGCAGCACUUGUACAGAAUAAGCAGUUCAUCUCUGUUAUUUCAUAAUAAAUUUAUCACUAUUGAAGCUAAAUCCUAAACACUUUGACAUUUAAAAAAUAACAAUAGAAACAAACAUCAAUUCUCCCUGAAGUCUGGAAAAAGUUCAGAAGUAAAAUAUAUACAUAAAAAAAGAUUUUUUUUAUCACCUUCUAGUCCAGUCUGCAUGUGGACGUUUUACCAUAAUAUACAAAUCCUAUUCACACAAAAUACUGAAAACAAAGGAACAAAAAAAACUUCAUUAAUCAAAUCACAGCUUAUUCCAGUAUCUGUCAUUAAAGAAAAGAAAAGAUAAUUGCAUUUGUUCCCCCAAAUGCCCUGAAGUUUAUCCGACUCUGUGUGUUGAGCCUUAAACCCUUUAUUUUUGUACUUUUUCUUCAACCACACCUGUCGAUCAAACCGAACUCCGUAGUGACUCUGUGCAGGGAUGUGAACCGGUGUCGAGCCGAAGCUUCUGUUCUUCACUUCCUGUGUUCAACGUUUUCACAUGAAGUCGUUUUUUAUGUUUAAUGUUCUUUAACUCUUUGCUUUUUUCUGACGAUGUCUUACCUCAUGCUGUUUUGAAAAACUGAAAAAUGUCUGCGUUCUCAGACCGAUCAGGUUCAACGUUGAAGGUGGUUUUUUUUAUAUUUGGCAUUUAUUUAUUUUAAAUUUGUUUCUCUUUUUGUACCAGGAGAAAAUCUGUGCACAAUUAUCACCUGCCAAUAAAACUGCCCUUUAACGGGGGCUGUGGUGCUGAUCUCC